AUGCGUCGCGACCCUAGGCCUAGGUUAGAGCCAAAGGAGCAGAUGCUGGCAUCGAUGUCGGGCGCGACUAUCACAGCCCUGACAAUGACGCCAUUCGACGUCAUAAAAGUUCGCUUGCAGAGUGGUCGACUCAAAAAGGGAUUGAAACCGCAAGUAAUCCCAUUCUGCAAUGGCCUCAUGGAUCAUAUCCUCUGUUGCCAAGACCCGAAAGAAUGCGCUCAUUCAACGGACACAUACCGGCCAGUCGCCUCUAAACCUUGGUACCUAAGAGCGAUCUCAUGUCCAGUUGGCGAGUCUAAUCCGUUCCGUUUGAUGGCACAUCUAGCCCGAACUGAAGGUAUUGCUAGCUUGUGGUCUGGACUCCCCGCAACGAUGGUGAUGGCUUUUCCCGCUACAAUCCUGUACUUUACCUCGUUCGAGCAGUUUCGCGAUCUGUUUGAGAGUUAUCUACCGGAAACCUAUCUCGACAUCGCUCCAUUUUUCGGUGGCGCUGCUGCAAGAACUCUUACAACUGUUAUAGUAUCUCCGAUGGAAAUGAUUCGGACGCGAAUGCAAGUCGACGGGUUAACGUGGGGUGCAACUACCUCACUCUUUGGAAGAACGUUUCGUGCUCAAGGAUGGCGCACCCUUGGCAUUGGUUUCAGCGCUACACUCCUCCGCGAUGUCCCGUUCUCUGCCCUCUACUUUGGCAUCUACGAAAGCUUGAAAACGCAACUGCCGAUUGACUCAUUUCACACGAGAAAUUUGGUGUGCGCUUCCUGUGCAGCGGCAAUCGCAGGCAUUCUCACUCUUCCAUUCGAUGUUAUCAAAACACGGCAACAAACGAUGCUUGGCUCAGAUAUGACCAAAAGUCCGAGUAUAUCCACAAUCGCUCGUCUUAUCAAGGAAGAAAAUGGAACGCGAGGCUUUUUCCGCGGGUUCUCUCCACUCUUGAACUCGGAUAUCAUGUCUACUUCUCAUCUUCAGUGGGCCAUCAUCAACAAGUUCUCCGCCUUCGACAUCAAGCGGGCUGGACGAACCUGGACCAAGGAGCCUGGCCACCUCAACGGCCGAAAGUCUCUCCGAUUCAAUACUCUCGUUGAACAGCGAGGCCUCAAGGUCUCUGCUAAUGCCGAAGGUGGCGUCAACUUCUCCGCCGGCAAAUUGAACACUACCAUGAAGAAGAGCUCCCGAAAGACCUUCAAAUCUAUUCGAAACGUUGCCAAGCAGGGUGCUUUCCGAAAGGACCAGACCCGAGCUGCCGUCAAGAAGGCCUCUGCCGUCCUCGCCUCCCAGAAGCGAGCUGCUCAGAAGUAA